AGCCGCCUCGGCUCGUGACGAGCCACUUCGGACACCCCUCCCCUCCGCCGGCGUCGCCGUCCGCGAGGGGGGCGCGAUAGGCACUUUCCGCGCUCGGCGAUGGGCUGCGCCAGCAGCAAGCCGAGGGCCUCCGGGCCCUCCGCAGCCCGGCGGGCAGGGGUCCCCGCGCAGGCCUCGUCGUCUGCUGACAGCCCGGCGGUCCCCGCCCAGAAGCUGCCCAGCGUCGCACCGCCGGCAGGCGCCGCCGACAAGCCCGAGCACACCGACGAGCCCGAGCGCACUGCCUGUGGCCCGCCCGCGCUACCGGCGCCGCUCAGGCCGCCUGGGCAGCAGCGCGGCGACGGCGCCGAGGCGAAGGCGAGCCGCAGCCCGGGGCGCUCGCUCAGCGCCGCGCCCGAGGUGCUCGCUGGGGCGCCCUCGCCGAGGCCGCCAUCCAAGGCGUCGACGCUAAGCCAGCAGAGCCGCUCCAGCCAGCAGACGCGGUCAAGCCUGGCGAGCGUCGCCGUCGAGCACGCGGGCGGGCGCCUGCCGACCCGGCCCCUGGAGGCGGACACCUCAACUGGGACGCAGUCAAGCCAGGCGAGCGUCAUCUCCGAGGACGCGGGCGAGCACCAGACGGCUCGACCGCCCGAGAAGGACACCCCACCAGAGACGCGGACAAGCCAGGCGAGCGUCGUCGUCGAGCAUGCGGGCGGGCACCAGACGUCUCGACCUCUCGAGAAGGAUCUCCCACCAGAGACUAGGUCACGCCAGGCGAGCGCCGUCAUCGAGAACGCGGACGGGCAACAUACGUCUCGACCGCCCGAGAGGGACCUCCCACCGGCGACGCGGACCAGCCAGGCGAGCGCUCUCAUCGAGCUUGCCGGCGGGCGCCUGUCGUCUGGACCUCCCGAGGCGGACUGGGAGGCUCAGUCGAGCCUGGUGAGCGCCGUCGUCGAGGACGCGGGUGGGCACCAGACGUCUCGAGCGCCCGAGAAGGACCUCUCACCGGCGACGCGGUCGAACCGGGCGGGCGCUCUCAUCGUCGAGCCCGCGGGCGACGGCUUGUCGUCUGAACCUCCCGAGGCGGGCUGGGAAGCUCCGUCGAGCCAGGCGGGCACCGUCAUCGAGCCCGCGGGCGGGCGCCUGUCGUCCAGACCUCCCGAGCCAGACUGGGAGGCUCAGUCGAUUCAUGCAAGCACCGUCGUCGAGGACGCGGACGGGCAACAUACGUCUCGACCGCCCGAGAGGGACCUCCCACCGGCGACGCGGAGCAGCCAGGCGAGCGCUCUCAUCGAGCUUCCUGGCGGGCGCCUGUCGUCUGGACCUCCCGGGGCGGACUGGGAGCCUCAGCCGAACCAGGUGAGCGCCGUCGUCGAGGACGCGGGCUGGCACCAGACGUCUCGAGCGCCCGAGAGGGACCUCCCACCGGCGACGCGGUCGAGCCGGGCGGAGCUCCCACUGGAGACGCAAACGCACCGGGCGAGCGAUCUCGGCGAACACGCGGGCGGAGGCCUGUCGCUUCGGCCACCUGGCGAGGGCCUCCCCGGGGAGACGCCGUCGAGCCAGGCCCACGUCGACAUCGAGCUCGCGGGCGGGGACACGGCGAGCAAGGCCAGCAAGCCCGCGUCCUUGCUGUUGGGCCUGGGCGACGCGGAUCAGUCCAAGGGCGCCGCGCCCGAGCGCAGCGCCUCCAGAGGUUCUCGGAGGCUGACCUGGGGAGGGACAUCGUACAAGGACCCGAGCAGCGACCACCACCUGGGGUUCGCGGCGACGGGGGAGGAGCGGAUGGUCCCCAUGAGGGUUCUCUCCGAGUCGUGGGGGCCGCCGAGGACGAUAGACUCGGCGCCGAAGGAUGAAGCCCCGGCCGCUGAAGGAGAGUGCUGGUCCCCGGUCGCCAUGGGCACAGCCUCGAAGCCCGAGCGCGAGCAGGCCGAGGCGUCCUCCUUCGACUCCUCCGAGGAGGAGAUCCUGCCAACGCCGGGCCGGUCCGCCGAUGCCGGGAACACAGCCUCGAGGCGGAGGCUCAAGCGGGUCGUCCGCCUCAAGACCGUGAGGCGUGCGGGGGCCGACGGCGCCUCGAACGGAGCGGCCCUCCUCGGCUCCCGGCGGGCCCCCCCGGCCAGCGGCCGGUCGUCCCGUGUGAGCUCGCGCAGCGGCGCUGGCGGAGUCCCCGAGACACCGAGGAUGAGCCGCACGAGGGUCGGCCGCUCGGCCGGUCUGUCCCCGAGGGACUGACCUCGGCCCGGCCUUCGCUGGCGUGGUCCAGGGCCCAGGUCGCCCCGCGCGUCGUGGAAACAGCACAGGAUUGCGGUAGGAGGUUUUCGCGGACAGGUUCGCGUCUUGACAAACAGGAGGGUGGUAUCAAGGCGCCAGCGUGCUCAGCUCCCGUUCGGGCUCGCCUGGUCUUCAAGUUGUAUAAGUGUCGGUCGCGGACGUGGGCCAACUGAGCUCAGACCGAAUUUGAAUUCGCCACCUCCACUGCUGGCUGCCUGAAGUCGCACUGCCCACGCACGCUGGCAGUAGAAAUGGUUUUCCGGCCUCUGCGUUGAUGUGCUUUUGUUUGAAGUGGACCUGCAUCGUCUGGCUGUGGGAAGAGGAGCACAGCCAUACGCACGUUUUUUGGUAGGCCUGGGACCGUGGGGUGCUGUCACGCGAAAGCCUCGAAGCUUCAGCUCUCGUGCCACACCUCUACUGCACAAAGGGCCCCGAGCUGAGACUAGCGGGCCGUCCUGCGUUGUUUUCCUGCAUGUUUCAAUUGUUCCUUAUCCGCCAGCCCAGAAAUGUUGCAGUACCGGGACCUCUCUAGGAGGCUCGGCCGCAUUGCAGCGAGCAUUUCCGAUUCGCCAGACGUUUUGUAAAGUUGUAUGUUGUGUUGCUUGCCAGAAAAGAAUGCUCCAGGUGCGAGUGCAUGCCUCCCUGCUUUUCUCAUAAGUUGGGGAUCCCAGCUCAAUCAAAAAAUGCCGGGCUCGUGCCCGAUGAGGCACCAUCGUGCGGACAUAGGGUUGCUUGUGUUGGGGGGCGGCCUGAUCUGCAGCUCUCGCGAAGUCGAAGCACAGCGCAUGCCAUUGCAGGCGAUUCGUCGCCCCCAAUCCCUGGAUUCCGUCCGAAAACUCGUGCCGCUCAGAUGAGG